AUGACAUAUUUGCAAUUCCCUGCAUAUACGGAAGAUAUCAGAGUGACUAGUGCAUUGGUUGUCGAUCGUUUCUCGACUAUCUAUGAAUCAAUGUUUGGACGUGAGCCAUUUGAUCCGAAUGACAUUCGACUCUUUCCUGGACUCAUUUCAAAGGUGUGCUCUGGACAAGGUGAUAAUGAUGUUAGUAAAGUGCAGCUGAUUGAUCGCUUAGGAUCAGAGCCGAACAUCGUUGGAACAAUCCAUGUGACAACAUCGCAUGUUAUCUUCAAAGCUGAUGAUACAGCCAAAGAGAUAUGGAUACCGAAUGGUUUAAUUGGUGUAGUUGAAAGAGGACCGUUAUCGGCAUUAGGCAGUCCGUUAACAAUUCGUUGUAAACAUUUCUUGACGCUUACGAUUCUGAUAUCGAGAGAUAAAGAUUGUCAGCAANUCAUGAAUAUCAACGAGGUAUUCGCAUUCGAAAAUCGUGAACGUGGCGUUGAUCAUAAAGUGGGUGAUAAACGUCGAGGAUGGGAUCGUUUCGACUGGCACAUUGAAUUUGCAAGACAGGGUAUUGGUGUGGCUGAUAAACAGACAUGGAAAAUCAAUGAUUUCAAUGCAAAUUAUCAGUAUUGUGAUACGUACCCGGAAUGGAUUUGUAUACCGAGUGCAGCAAGUAAACAAAUACUCAUCGGAUCAUGCAAAUUUCGAAGUCGUGCAAGAUUGCCUGUAUUGACGUACUGGCAUCGUACAAAUGGUGCAUCCAUUGUCAGGUGUGCUCAACCGCUAACUGGUUUUAGUGCUCGUUGCGUUGAAGACGAGCAGUUAAUGGAUUUAAUUGCGAAAACAAAUCCAUCAUGUUCUCCUGUAUUUCUAGUUGAUACAAGACCAAGGACUCUUAUUGAGAAAGAUUGGUUGGGUUUUGGUCAUAAAUUUGAUGAUCGUUGUGGGCACAUCGGUGCGUUGAAUGAAGAAGCCGCUAAAGAGGUAUCGCCAAUAUUCACGCAAUUUCUUGAUGCAACAUAUCAGCUGAUGAGACAACAGCCGCGAGCAUUUGAAUUUAAUGAACGAUAUUUAAUUGAAAUUCACGAGCAUGCUUAUUCAUGUCAAUACGGCACGUUCGUUGGCAAUUGCGAUAAGGACAGAAAGGAUCUGCAUUUAUCCAAACGUACGCAGUCAUUAUGGGCUUAUUUGGACGAUCGACAUGAUGAUUAUUUGAAUCCGUUGUAUGAGGCGAAUAAGUACACGGUACUGAAUAAAAUAGAUCUGCAUCCGUCAACGAUAGUCGUUUGGAAGGGAAUGUAUAAUCGAUUCGAUACUGGUAUUCUAGCCAGAGAAUCAACAACCGAUGUUACAAUAUCAACACUGGAACAUAUCGGGGUUCUUGAGGCCCACAUGGCUACUUUACAAGCUGUUUGUUCAUUCAUUAUUCGUUUGCACAUUAAUUCAUUCCUUGACAAAUACUAUCUACCUCCAUUCGAAUAUUCGAACCAUUACGAAUUUCAGAAAGUUUCUGAACUAAGAUUAUCAAAUUCAUUAUCAUCAGCAGCGACUAAGCCAAUCUCAUCUGGUGCCAUGGUCGAUAGCGGUCAUUCGAGUAACGCUUCUUCAACUACUCCCCAAAUCCCUCAGACGACAGAUGAAACGCUGAGCGGUGUUUGCAACAGUGAUGAGAAAUUGAUUCGAGAAGAUACUCAAGAAAGUGGUAUUUAUGAUUCAUCGUUUGCAUUUAGUGAGGAUAAUACAGUAAAUCCAGCAUUACGAUGGCAAUCGCUGCGACAGUCAGACGAAUGUUCAGCUAAAAGCUGUGGCAUUGAAUUCACGAGUCGUUUUGACAGACGACUGCAUUGCUAUCGAUGCGGUAAGAUCUACUGUCGACGAUGUGUCUGCAUUACGAACGAUCAACGUGAACGCAUCUGUGUCUCUUGUGCGAGUAAUCUCAAUAAUGCAUAG